UCUAUACAAAACUUAACGCACGCGCCACGUACAAAUGAUCAAGGUCUGACGAGUCGGAAGGGAAUCACGGCGGCUUGACACAAACCCAGCGCCAGGGCUCAGUGGCCCGGGAAUUGGCGGCCAUUUCUUUAAAACUCCGCCUCGUUGCGGCGCGACAGCGCGUCUAAGUAUUUGCUUGCCUUUCUUCCAGCCAGACCUUUCGAUUUUCAGUAGUCGCCUCGCACAAACGCCUUGAUCUUCAGGCUUGUCCUGCAUCAGAGCGAUAUAAAUGACAUAGUUUUUGUACUCCAAAUUGUCAAUUCCAUCGAGAUGUGGCCCAUCAUCGUGUUAUUCCUCCUCUUCGUCGGCGCUCUCGCGAGUCUGUUCAUAGUGAUGAAGUCUUCACAAGAUCCCUACCAUGACGAGUUCCACUUGAAUCUAAACGCACUUCCUGGUCUGAAGCCUGGCCAACGCCCCACCACAGAAUGGCUGAACAUGGGUUUUUGGAAGGACACGGAUAGGUUUCCUGAAGCAUGCGAAGCGCUCGCCCUGCGACUGGUGCACGCAUCCCGUUCUAAGGAAGGAGGCCGCGUGUUAGACGUCGGCCACGGAAGUGGUGACUCCCUCCUCCUUCAAGUCUCUCACCCUUCUGUUCCCCGGCCAAGCUUACUGGUCGGUAUAACUAGCCUCCCACAACACCACAAGCGGUCAGAAGCCCGCCUUCUCCGCGCUCUGGAACAGAGUGGGGCGAAAGAUAUAAAUACACAUCUAUUCCAAAGCGACGCCGUAUAUAUCGUGGAUUCUCGAUCCAAGCUCGGUUCCCGUGUCGACGUACAUCCUCUUUCACCGAGUUCGCCGUCCACAUUCGACACCAUAGUGGCGUUGGACUGCGCCUAUCACUUCCAUACACGCGCUCUCUUCCUCCAGCAGUCAUUCGCGAAACUUUCACCAGGCGGUCAUAUCGCCCUCGCCGAUAUCUACUUCGCCUCUACCACAAAGUCCACACCCCCAUCCAAGACAACAUCGCCACUAAGGCCAUCCUAUCCCAUCACCUUCUUCCUUAGUACUCUACUCCGCGUCAUUCCCCGUGAGAACGUUGUCACCAAAGCGCAGUACAUAGCCGAGAUGGAGAGGGUAGGGUACGUCGAUGUUGAGAUCGACGAUAUCACGGAAUACGUGUUUCCUGGGUUCGUUAGGUUCUUGAGUGGGAGAGGUGGGGGGUGGAAGGUGUUUGCGUGGAUGAUGGCCUGGUUGCACGGGAGAGGUGCGAGGUUUGGGAUCGUGGUUGGUACGAAGCCAAACUCUUGAUUCUAUAACCACAGCCGCUUGAAGCACCAUUUUUAAUACCGGUGCUGUCAAUGAGCGGCGCAUGUCAAUAGAAGAACGAC